GUUCCUUCUUGACCUUUCAGUUGCAUGCACGCCACAUAUUUCACUUACGUAAGGCUGUGUUUUCAUUCUUGAGUAGAGAUACAGCUACAAAGAUGUCCUUUUACAAAAACUCAGAGGGCGCCCAAAUUGGAAUCACUGCUGCUUUCUGCUUCUUGGUAAUUGUGGACCUCAUCGGCAAUACCUUGGUUUGCCUGGUAGUCUACCGUAACCGAAUAAUGCGCACCCCAAUGAACUAUCUUUUGGUCCACCUUGCGGCUUCGGAUAUAACUGUAGCGAUUUUCAUCGCGGCGCGCUUUAUCUUCCCCCUGCUGUUGGAGCAUCCGAAGGGAAGAGCCGGUGACGUGGUUUGCCAAUUGUUCACAGGGGGAGCAUUCAUAUGGGUCGGAGCCCUCGUCUCCGCUUUCUCCCUCGUCUUCAUAGCGCUGGAGCGCUAUCUCGCCAUUAAAUUCCCCUACGACGUGCGUAAGCGGGUAACGACCGCCAAAUUAAAAUGUGUUGUUGUAUUCAGCUGGGCGUUCGCCGCAUUAUGGAACUUACCCCUUUUCCUGUAUGCACGUUACGACCCUGUUAGCGAGUCCUGCCGGUUCAAAUGGCCCACAGCGACUAUCACGCAAGUUCACAGCCCACUAAGCGCCGUAAUGUACGGCGCCCUACCGAUUUCCAUCAUGAGUUACUUGUAUUCUAAGCUGGUUUACAAGCUGUGGUUUCGUCCUUUGGUUACCUCGACCAUGGUCCAACAGAGCAAGCUACGUUACACCAGAAAGUCUGCUCGGAUAGUGGUCACCGUAAGCGUGGUUUACUCGAUCUGUUGGAUACCCAACCUGGUAGUGUACGUCAUCUCUUCAUUCAGCACACAGCAACUGUACUCCGCCGUACACAUGACAAGCAUCGUCUUGGUCACUCUUAAUUCAGCUAUCAAUCCUGUGUUAUACAGCUGGCAGAGUGACCGUUUCAGGAGGCAUAUGCUGGCGCUGCUACCGUUUGGUUGCUCCAGCAGGCCGUGUCGAGUACCCCCCGCGGUUAUGCCGGAAGGGAAUGCUUCGAGUAAGGCCUCACGUCCUAUACAGAUUAUUCCGCUUGUAGGUAGGGGCCCUGUCGCUUGAACAUUAUAACACAGUAAGACCCAUGGGGGCUGUACACCCAUUGAACGCUUGCCACUGUUCCUUAACCUUGUAGAAUGACUAGGAGACUAAUUCUGUCUACAGUAUCUCUCUAAAGUCAAUUUUCGGGUCGUGAGAAGAAAGAUGAUCGCCAUUUAAUGAGGAUCUUGAUUGUUAAACAAAUUCUCUUUGUCAGCAUCUUAGGAAAUUCAGAGAGCAGUAUAGAGAAUAAGCAUAUUGUCUUUAGGGGCUAACGGGGUAAUUCGGGUCUACAGAGUGACGCUUGGUGACCAAAAUCUUGGAAGGAACUGAAGGGAGAGUUUUGCAGGCCAAGCUUUGGGAUUCUCGCUGCUCUUCGCGCGAACGAGUGUCAGAUAUAAGAACAUCAUAUAUUACGUAUUUUAAUUGUGGGCUUAUAAAUGAAGAUAAGAGUGAUCAUCGCACCGUGAUGACCACCACUUAAGCGAAAAAAAAAAUCUUAAAAAGAAACUCAGGCUUUUACGUCAGUUGAACCCAUGACGUCUGCGAUAACGCUACCACAUCGGUUUGUUGGCUCAGGUUGUUGGGCAGUGCUCUGCCACUUGAGCCAACAACGUUAAGCUUGGAUCUUAAAGAUGCGUUGAAACUCGAAUGUUUCCAAAAAUGCUUUAGCAGUAAUUGAAUCUAAUUGUUGGAGAAACAUAGUCGCGAGCACUGAAAGUCUAGAUAGAAAGGAAACAUUUCAGAGAAGUUGUUCAGUCUAACUAAACCAUUGUGGCAGCACUUCAAGAGGUUUAAGUAAAAACUCCCCUCUCACAACAAUCAGUCGAUUCCUUUUAAGUUUGUGAUUUGCUCGUAUUUAAUACUAACAAAAAGGUCUGUAAAGAAA